AUGGUGAUACCUGCAACUACAGCCCCGAACCAGCCGUUGCCAUUCAUCGAGCAGCUAAAUAGUGACGCUUCAGUACGCCAAGCUCAAGAAUUGGCGAAACGGCGUAUCGACCACUAUGAAUCAAUAAUUAACGCAAAUAAAAAUUUACCGAAUGAUCAGAAACUCUUCACUGGGGAGAGCAUCACAUUGCGCGAUGGAAGUAAAAUCCGUUCCGGUAGCACGCCACAAGGACGAUUCUACUAUCUGGUGCACAAAGAUCAAUGGCUCUACUUGGAACGAAGCGCGGACGAACGGUUCCAGACGCUACUUGUGAGCGAUGCUUCACCCGAUGAGCCAAGUUUGAUACAAAAAUUCACAGCACGCUGA